UUUUCGCCCUCAGCAAUCGUGGACACUCCAAGCGGUCGCCAUGAGAAUUCUGAUCAUACUUGCGCUGUGUUUGGUUUGCGCAAAUGCCUUAAAGGGCAGGCGUCGUACACGAGUUUUACGUCAGACCGCCUCCGGUGGAGGAUGUAUGUAUGAUGGAAAGGUCUACCAGCAAGGGCAGACUUGGACAGUACCAUGCAAGUAUGACUGCACAUGCCAAGAUGGCACUGCUGGGAAAUACCAGUGCACGGAAGUAUGCCCACACUACGACAAUCUGCCUCAGGGCUGUUACAUGGUGCAGCAACCAAACUCAUGCUGCUCCAAACCCCAGUGUAACUUCCAGACAUCUGGUGGCACUAACGCUGGAAUGGGCACGCAAGGGAUCAGGACAGGGUGGCGCAGUGGUGAUUCAGAAUGGUGGUGGAGCUGGAAGUCUACAGACAGGUAACUGCGUGGAUACGCUGAGCAAUUGUAAGGAUUAUGAUGCAUCCACGUGCAGCAACCCCGAUUAUGCCGGAUGGGCCAAAGACAACUGCAAGAAGACCUGCAACUUGUGUGGGUACACCGGAAGCACUGGAGGAACCAUGGGACAAACAGGAGGAUCAAUGGGACAAACAGGAGGAACCAUGGGACAAACAGGAGGCAUGGGAGGUGGUACUGGUGGAACUGGAACAUACCCCAGCGGUACUGGUGGAACAGGAACGUACCCAGGCGGUACUGGUGGAACCGGAACGUACCCAGGCGGUACUGGUGGAACUGGAACGUACCCAGGCGGUACUGGUGGAACAGGAACGUACCCAAGCGGUACUGGUGGAACUGGAACGUACCCAGGCGGUACUGGUGGAACCGGAACAUACCCAGGCGGUACUGGUGGUACGGGAACGUACCCAGGUGGUACUGGUGGAACCGGAACGAACCCAAGCGGUAGUGGUGGAACCGGAACGUACCCAGGCGGUACUGGUGGAACAGGAACGUACCCAGGCGGUACUGGCGGAACCGGAACCUACCCAAGCGGUACUGGUGGUACUGGAACAUACCCCAGCGGUACUGGUGGAACCGGAACGUACCCAGGCGGUACUGGUGGAACAGGAACGUACCCAGGCGGUACUGGUGGAACCGGAACGUACCCAGGUGGUACUGGUGGAACCGGAACGAAUCCCAGCGGUAGUGGUGGAACCGGAACGUACCCAGGCGGUACUGGUGGUACCGGAACGUACCCUGGCGGUAGUGGUGGAACCGGAACGUACCCAGGCGGUACUGGUGGUACCGGAACUUACCCAGGCGGUACUGGUGGAACUGGAACGUACCCUGGGGGCACUGGUGGAACCGGAACUGGAACGUACCCUGGCGGUACUGGGGGAACCGGAAGUGGAACAUACCCUGGAGGUUCUGGUGGAACUGGCACUUACCCAGGCGGAUCUGGAGGUAGUUCAGGAACAGGAGGUGGUGUUAUUACAAUAGGUGGUUCCGGAUCUGGUUCUGGAAGCUACACAGGUUCCUGUGCGGACAGAAUCAACAACUGUGCGGCCUAUGGUCAGAAUGUAUGUACGGACAGUACAUACGAGGGUUGGGUCAAGGAUAACUGUGCUAAGACCUGUAACAAAUGCAGUGGUGGCACCGUUUCCAUGGGAACAAAUGGCGGAAGUGGAUAUUACGGGCCAGGGGGCACUGGUAUGGGCGCUAUGACUGGAACUGGCACAGGCACAGGCACAGGCUCCUCUGGUGUCGUCACAGGACAUUCUAACGGUUGCGCCUACAAAGGCCAGGUGUACCAGCAAGGACAAACAUGGAAAGAUGGCUGCGACUACAGGUGCACAUGUACGGACGGAACUCAGGGACGGUACAGUUGUCAACAGCUAUGCGUACAAUGGGACCACCUCCCGAGCGUAUGCCAGAUGAUGCCCCCUGCCGCAGGAAAGUGCUGCAGGACACCCAACUGCCCAAGCUACGUUCAGCUCAAUUACCCAGAUAACUACCACCCAGAGUAAAUCAAACGAUGGCGGCAAAAGCGUCUAUGUCGGUUUGCUCACACUUUCUGUCUUUUACGGAAAGUUCGACUUUAAAAACCUGUAAAUGUUGAACGAAUCUCGAUUAAACGGACAUGUUAAAUGGUCAUUAAUCAACAUAGCAGUGACCACUUUUCUUUGGACAAACAAUUAAAUUGUGUCGGAUAAAUUUGUUUAAUGCAGUUUAAGUUAUUUAUUAUUUUCAUGUUUUAUAUUACACAAACAUACAAGUUAGAUAUAUCAACAAGUUUGACACAAUAAACAGUUAUAUUUUAUAA